CAUCUGAAAUCUUUGCGCGUUCACGGUGACCAGAACGCGUACGUUACGGGUGAUGUAACGUCACAAAUCAUGAGAGAAGAAUGGGAAAAAUAGCUGUGUCUGAAUAUAUUUAACGCAUUUAUUAAUGUGCGUUGCAUCUUCUUCGCUGCACUGGGUGCAUAUUUAUUUAUUUAUGCGGAUUCUGACUAAAAAUAAACAUGUAUGUUAAAUUUGAGGCGAAAUGAAGCUGUGACCAGAUUAUCGAACAGCAGAAGCUGAAGUUUCCUGCAGCUGAAAAUGAGACGUUUAUCCAAAAAGAAAGCUCUGAGUCUGGUGAAGGAGCUGGACGCCUUCCCCAAAGUGUCGGAGAGCUACAAGGAGACCUCAGCAUCUGGGGGAACAGUGUCUCUGAUAGCCUUUAGUUCCAUGGCUCUCCUGGCCGUCCUAGAGUUCUUUGUUUAUCAAGACACCUGGAUGAAGUAUGAAUACACAGUCGACAAGGAUUUUUCCAGUAAACUGAGGAUAAACAUUGACAUCACAGUGGCCAUGAAAUGUCAGCAUGUUGGAGCAGAUAUUUUGGACCUGGCAGAGACCAUGAUCACAUCUGAUGGCCUUCAGUAUGAACCUGUUAUUUUUGAUCUGACUCCACAACAGAGGGUUUGGCAAAGGACUCUGCUGCUCAUCCAGAGUCAGCUGAGGGCAGAACACGCUCUUCAGGACGUCCUCUACAAAACUAUCCUCAAAGGAUCUACUGCACUGCCCCCACGGGAGGAUGCCUCUGCAGAGCACGUCGCUGCCUGUAGGAUACAUGGUCACAUGUACGUCAACAAGGUGGCGGGGAACCUGCACAUCACUGUGGGGAAGCCGUUCCAUCAUCCUCAAGGCCACGCCCACAUUGCAGCAUUUGUCAGCCAUGACACCUACAACUUCUCCCAUCGAAUCGACUAUCUAUCCUUCGGCGAGGAGAUACCAGGGAUGAUAAACCCUCUGGACGGUACAGAGAAAAUCACCUUCAACAACAAUCAAAUGUUCCAGUACUUCAUCACAGUGGUUCCCACCAGACUGAACACCUACAAGACAUCUGCAGACACUCACCAGUUCUCUGUCACCGAACGAGAGCGGGUGAUAAAUCACGCCGCUGGCAGCCACGGCGUCUCUGGCAUCUUUGUGAAGUAUGACACCAGCUCUCUGAUGGUGACGGUCAGCGAGCAGCACAUGCCACUGUGGAGGUUCCUGGUGCGACUGUGUGGAAUCAUCGGAGGAAUCUUCUCCACCACUGGAAUGCUGCACGGACUUGUCGGCUUCUGUUUUGACAUCGUCUGCUGUCGCCUCAAACAAAGAAUCUACAGGCCACCUGAGCACAUGCAGCAGGACAACCAGAUGAACAACCACCACAUCCCUCUGCCUGCUGACGGAAUUCUUCAAGAGUAGCUGCUUAAAUUCAGGGCUACCACCGGGGCACAGAAGACUGACCGUAUCAGUGGAAGUGUCUCGUUUUAUGGACUGCAGGUGGCAGUAUUCAGCCUUCAGCGCCAGACCAGGUUGUUAACAUAUCUAGCUGAGGACAGACAAGAAAAAAAAACAGCAAUGUUGUAGCUCCUGGUGUCAGCAGUUAGCUGCAUCUUUGGGCUUCACAUUGAUUUCAGUGGAGCAUUGAGUGGACUGAGAAUCAAAGUCACAUCACUGUGGUCAAACCAGAAGAACUAGUGCCAAAAGCUGUUGAUUUCUUAAUAAAUCUGUAUUGGACAAAUGUC